AUGUUAAUUACUUUAAAUGAAUUGGGAAAAUUCUUGUACAAAACAAUAAAUGAAUUAAUGGCUUGUCUAGACAAGAAUUGGCAAAAAUAUUUUUUAAAUAAUAUUAGAUUAUGUCUGAAUUGCGCCCCAAAGAAAUCCUCACAGCAAUCAAAGCGUUCAAAAAUUAUUGAUAGUACCAAGCAUUCUUUGAAAAGCACACAGAAAGAACUUGAACGCAAAGCCACACAUUUUUUCAAAGAUCAACGCAUAGCGCAGAGGGAAAUAUUUGAUCAUUUUGAUGCUAGAACAACUACAACACUAACCUCAGAAGACUUACAAAAAAUUUCGAGAGUAACAACAGAUUCAGACCCUGUAGAUAAUUUAACAAAGAAUUUGAUUGAAACGGGUUAGUCAUGACGGGGAUUAUUCUUAUUUUGGGCAAGAGUAAAAUAACAAUACUUUGAUCCACUUUCGGAUAGUGGAUUGAUUGUGUAUCCGGUCCCCCUAUCACGGACGGGAUACUCCACUCCGUCCCCCUAUUACAACUACGACACGAACCCCGAAGCUCUACGACGGCAAACCCCGAUCUCCGACUAUACCGACCCUGCAGGCUUGGCAAGCUGCCCUACCUUAUACACUGAAAAAGGGAAAUUUCUUGGAAAAAUUUUUAUUUGUG